UGGUUGUGUUGAGUUUUAUCCUAUUUCUUUGCUGAUGUUCAGUCACCGUACAUGGGAGCGUAGGUAAAAAGUACUUAGUAAAAAAGAGAAAUAAACAUUCGAACCAGCUUAGGUGGCGGGUCGUCCAGGUUUUCUCUUGUAUGUGGCACUGCUUGCAGUGAGGGCGAACAGCUGAGCAGCGAUGGCUCAUGUCGUAUAUGCGGAAUCUCCGCCUGGAUUUAUUGAGGAAAUAAAAUAUGAAGAAAUGAAAUUGGGGAAUACGAUUGGCAAAGGAGCUUUCGGCGUAGUUUAUGAAGCUGUUUAUCGCCAACAUCCUGUCGCUGUGAAGAAGAUUGAAUCUGAGAACGAACGUCGAGCCUUCAUUACAGAAUUGAGGCAGCUCUCAAGAGUUUCACAUCCUAAUAUCAUUCGUCUGUAUGGUGCCUGCAGUAAUCCUGUGUCUCUUGUUAUGGAACUGGCAGAGUGUGGAUCUCUGUAUGACUUGCUGCAUGGGGCAGGGCCUCUCCCCCACUACACCGGGGGCCAUGGGAUGAGUUGGUGUUUACAAUGUGCAAAAGGUGUCGCUUAUCUCCAUAAUAUGAAACCAAAAGCUCUGAUACAUAGAGACCUGAAACCCCCAAAUUUACUUCUGACAAACCAAGGACUCGUUCUGAAGAUCUGUGACUUUGGCACUGCCUGUGACAUUCACACACAGAUGACUAAUAACAAGGGUUCAGCGGCAUGGAUGGCUCCUGAAGUAUUUGAAGGAUGUCAAUACAGUGAGAGAUGUGAUGUCUUCAGCUGGGGAAUCAUACUCUGGGAGGUCUUAACUCGAAGAAAACCAUUUGAUGAGUUGGGAGGUCCAGCAUUUCGCAUCAUGUGGGCAGUUCAUACCGGUACGAGGCCGCCAUUAAUACAGGGAUGCCCGAAACCUAUUGAGGAGCUAAUGACAAGAUGUUGGUCAAAAAAUCCGAGUUCCCGUCCAAGUAUGAAUGAUGUUGUAUAUGCAAUGACAGAAUUGAUGCCGUAUUUCCGUGGUUCUGAUGUUCCCCUUGUAUUUCCACAAUACUCUGACAGUGAUGAAGAGUCUGAUUAUUAUGAAACCGGCAGUGACAGAGGGUAUGGAACAACAUACAGUACAAUCAGCGACACCCUGAGGAAGACACACAUUACAAAUCCUAAUAUGACCAAUCAUGAUAGACCACCAAUGGUGACAUCACAAUCUGUGCCUAAUAUACAAAGACAGGAGCAAUUGGCAUCAUCAGGAUCCCCUCUACCAGACCCCACACCUCUGAGCUAUGGAAAUAAAUUUUCAACAAAGCGUCGCUCAUCUUCAGACCUUAUUGCAGAGAUUGAGAAGUCGCCCAUUGAGAGAGUUUCCCCGUCUCCUGUUACAUCAAGAUCUGCCAGUCCUGCAAGACCUCGGGCUUCAACGUCUUCUCCACUGAUUACACCGGCCAUUCACACUCCAGAUUCUACAGCAAGUGUUACGACUUUACCCCCACCUGCGAAGCCGUUGAUUGUUCCCUCCCCAAUCGCCAGGAAUUCCCCUCUUCUCAUACACGACGAAGAACCAGGUUACGACGAUUAUGAUUAUGCAAAUGAUUGCACGUCUCCGAAAGAUCCAAACAAAAGCAAUUCCUUGCCGAUGUCAUAUCUUGCAUUGGAACUCCAUCUACAACCGUUGCCUCCAACCACCUCCAGUUCGGAAUCCAUGGAGAUUUAUGAGCAGCAUUGUAGACUGGCGGAAGAGUAUCUACGAGUCCAGACUGAAAUUAUGUUCCUUCAAAAUCGGAAAGAACUUCUGACAAAUGAGCUUGAAAAGGAAGAAAAACACAAGGUGGAAGGAAGCAAGUUGGUGGAGGAAUAUCAACAGUUGUUAAAACAAAACCAGGAAUUGUCUCAGCUCACAACAAAAAUGAAAAAAGAAGUUGAGAAAGCUCGAAUGAAACAGAAAAUGUGAUUUUAAAAUGCCAACAUUUGACCUCGUUACAAAAAUUCUUUAGCUGGAAUCGAACAUUUUCAGAUUUUAGAUUAUUUUUUUCAAAUAUUUGUCCAAUUUUAAUAAUAUCCGCCAUUGCUUGUCAUUAUCAACAAAAUUUAAACCAAUAACAAAAACAUACAGGCUUUUGAUCCCAAUCAAAA